AUGACUCAUGCUCAGAUAGCUAUUUUAAAUAAAGAUCAUUGUAGGAUUGCAAUUAGGUUUGAGUUUUAUAAAACUCUUAAUAAAGAGGAGCUAUAUCUUUUUAAACUUAAUCUAAUUCCAUUUUUAAUAUUUCUUCGAUCUGCUUCAUUUCAUCUCUUUCUUAUUUCUUAUUUAAUACUAUAUUAUACCCACUUUCUAAUAGCUCAUCAAAAGUGUUAGCCAAUCCCUCGUCGAGAUAAAGAUAAGCUCUUUUUUUUAUAAUAUUUGUUAUGUUCACUCUAGGGGCACUUUAAUUAGCUCUUUUAAACAAACUGGCUCCAUAAGUUUAGGACACACCUGUUGCGCAAGACGUUUUAGAAAAGAAAGAGAAUCUCCUUGACCCAGAAGAGCAAAAAGAAUUAUCUUAUCUAUUUCCUUGUGUGUUUUACAUAUUUUAACUGCUUUUUAAGUUAUUUUAAUCUGGAAUAUUAUUGUUUUUUGUAUCACUUUUCACAAAAUCUUUAUUCGAAUCAGGCUGUUCCAUUUAUUAAUUGCUUAAAAUUAUAUCUUGAUUUACUUUUUAUGAUGAUUACCCUUCGCUUUUUUAAGAGUUAAUUUUAUUGA